UGGGAGGAGGGAGUCGUGACUAAGCCCCGCUCCCCAGGUAGGGUGGAAGUCUCGGAGCUGGCAGCCGCACUUUAUUCCCUGGUGGGGGUGGCCGAGAGGCCACGGCUGAAGCUGGGGUUGUUCUCCGGAGCCAAGCCUACUCCGGAUGAGGAGGUGGACUAUGAGACCUGGAUCGAGCAUACGUCUUUGAUGUUAGAGGAGUGGCCAGGUUCAGAGGAGGAGAAGAGGCAGCGAUUGCUGGGAAGUUUGAGGGGUUUAGCAGCCACAACCAUCCGGGAGUUGAAAGCUGAGAAGCCUGGGGCCUCAGUGGAGGACUGCCUAGAAGUUUUGGAGGGAGCGUUUGGGUUGUCAGGGGAACCCUGGCUGCUUUUAGCAGAGUUUCAACACCUGGAACAAUGGAGAGGGGAAAAGCUCUCCGAGUACCUAUUUAGGAUGGAGGGGAUGCUCUCGGGGCUGCGGCGCCGAGGGGUAGUGAAGGCGACUGACGUGGCUAGCGUGAGGAUGAGUCAGCUAUUCAGUGGCUCUCUGGAGGAGGACAAGGUGGUGUGGACUAUCCGGCAGGCUUAUAGGAAAGGUCCCCCUCCAUCCUUCGGGCAACUGAUUAGAGAGGUGCGAGAGGAAGAGAGAGCAUUGGGGCGGAAAAGGGGCACGGGCCUACGGGAGCGAUCCUCAGCGAUACAGGAAGUGGUGGCUGAGUGGAGGAAUGACAAACCCCCGGGGAGUAGGGAACCCCCUUUGGAGGGGAGGGACAGGGGAGGUACCUACUCUCAGGGGCGAUCAGUGCAGUGGAUUGGGAGCAGGAGCCGUCCUGGGAGAGGAGGGGCAGCCGGCAGUGUGUGCUUUAACUGUGGGAAAGAGGGGCAUUUCAGGCGGGACUGUGGAAGGCCAAGGGUGUGCUAUAGCUGUGGAGAGGAGGGUCACUUUAGGUGGGAUUGUGAGAGACAAGGAGUCCCGCGGAGGACAAGCCCCCCUGCGACUAAGAAGGGAGAGGUGUCGGGGAAACUUAGGAGAGGCUCAGUGAGGGAAUGGACUGGAGCCUCUGGAGGAACACGUUCCCAGAGAUCAGCCGGAAGACCACCGGGUGCCCACGCCUCUGUUCCGGAUGGGCUGGUAGGACCCCGUGCCAGUGUGGGUCUACGGAUAGAGGGAGUUUACGCAAAAGCCGUUCUUGAUACUGGAUCGCAGGUGACCUUAUUGUACCGGUCUUUCUACAAUCAACAUCUAAAGCAUUUGCCCGUAACACCAUUUGACGCCCUGCAGAUUUGGGGUGUGAGCGAGGGUGACUACCCGUACGAUGGGUACCUAUCGGUGAGAUUGGAGUUCUCGGAGGGCGAUGUGGGAGUGUCGGAAGCUAUUGAGACGUUGGUGUUGGUGUGUCCUGACCCGGUGGAAACCGGUGGUGCUGCCCUCCUGGUGGGGACUAACUCCCCAGUUGUGCGACGGCUCCUGGGAGCUUGUAAGGAGAAAGGGGGGGAAGACUUUCUGGAGACCCUCUCGGUGCAUCCAGUGUUUCGAGCAGUGUUCGAAGAAGGGGUUGCCUCCCAAGGGCUGGACCCGGAGUGUAAACGAGGGACGGUGUGGUGUACGCAGGCGAGGCCCAAGGUGAUCCAACCAGGGGAGGUAGCACUAGUGAUGGGGACCCCCAGAUUCCCAGGAGUGCCGACAGGAGAAGCCCUGUUAGUAGAUGCCCCAGACGAUCUUGAAGGGGAGACACGAUUUCCGGCGGGGGCGCUGGUGAGGCCUGAAGUGCAGAGACCAGGGGUGGUACAUGCGAGGCGUAUAGCUAUAAGUGUCAGGAACACCACGGCAAGAGAAAUCACCUUUAAGAGGGGAAUGCCGCUGGCACAUCUGUUCCCGGUGACGGUAAUGUCCAGCGCACCAGUGCGGACCCCUAACGGGGAGGGAUCGGAGCAUCGAAGGGAGCUGACCGCUGAAGCCUUUAACUUCGGGGAUUCCCCAGUGUCGCCGGAGUGGAAACGCAGGCUAGUGGAGAAGAUGCUGAAGAUGGAAGCUGUUUUUUCUCGGGGCGAGUUUGAUGUUGGCUGCUCCAAAAGCACUCGCCACACCAUCCGGGUGACGGAGGACACCCCGUUCCGAGAGAGAUCCCGGCGGCUGGCUCCGGCAGAUGUUGAGGACGUGCGACAGCACUUGUGCAAGUUGAAGGAGGCCGGAAUCAUAGCUGAGUCUCGAAGUCCUUAUGCGUCCCCAAUAGUGGUGGCACGGAAGAAGAAUGGGCGAGUGCGCAUGUGUGUUGACUACAGGACGUUGAAUCGGCGAACUGUCCCUGAUCAAUAUACUGUCCCAAGAGUCGAGGAUGCGUUGGCCUGCCUGAGCGGUGCAAAGUGGUUCAGUGUGCUGGAUUUAAGAAGUGGGUAUUACCAGAUCCCGAUGAGUGCAGCCGAUAAAGAGAAGACCGCUUUUAUCUGCCCACUGGGGUUCUUUCAGUUCGAACGAAUGCCCCAAGGCAUAUCCGGAGCCCCAGCCACCUUCCAGAGGCUCAUGGAGAGAACUGUGGGGGAUAUGAAUCUGUUGGAGGUGCUGGUGUACCUGGACGAUUUGAUAGUGUUUGGAUCGACUUUGGAGGAACACGAGGAGAGACUGUUGAAGGUGUUGGGCCGGCUUAAUGAAGAAGGGUUGAAGCUUUCCCUGGACAAAUGCCAGUUCUGCAAGUCGUCGGUUAACUACAUUGGCCAUAUCAUUUCGCGAGAGGGAGUGGCUACUGAUCCAACCAAGAUAGAGGCUGUGACCACCUGGCUGAGACCCCAGAAAGUGGGUGCUCUGCGCUCAUUUUUGGGGUUCUGUGGGUAUUACCGGCGAUUUGUGAAAGGAUACGCCAAAGUGUGUCACCCGUUAACUCAGCUGUUGUGUGGCUAUCCCCCGGUGGGGAAGAAGAGGACGGGGAACCAGAGGCAGGAUGCUGGAGGAUACUGGAACCCGGCGGAACCUUUUGGCUCGAGAUGGGAUGAUCAAUGUGAAGAGGCGUUCCGAUCUUUGAAAAGGGCACUGACCCAGGCCCCGGUGUUGGCUUUUGCCAAUCCCCAGAAGCCAUAUGUGCUGCACACGGAUGCCAGCCGAGAGGGUCUCGGGGCUGUUCUGUACCAGGAGCAUGGCAAAGCAUUGAGGCCGGUAGCCUUUGUCAGCCGAAGCUUGUCGCCAUCGGAGAGAAACUAUCCCACUCACAAGUUGGAGUUCCUGGCGCUGAAGUGGGCGGUGGUGGACAAGCUGGGCGAUUACCUUUACGGAGCCAAGUUUGAGGUGAGAACGGAUAACAAUCCUCUCACUUAUAUUUUGACUUCGGCGAAGCUGGAUGCCACAGGACAUCGGUGGCUGGCGGCAUUGUCGGUAUAUGAUUUCAGCCUGAGGUACCGCCCCGGAAGCAAGAAUAUCGAUGCGGAUGCAUUGUCUCGUCGGGAGCCGGGGGAGGAGGAGAAGGACGAGGAGUGGGAGAGUGUCCCUGCCCCUGGAGUGAAGGCGAUGUGUCAGUUUGUUAUCACCGUGAAGGCCGAGGGAAGAGGGAGGCUGGAACGAGCCGUGGACCAUUUGGGGGUUUUUGACGACGCUAUACCCCUAGUUUACUGUGACCUGACCGCUCUGGGGACUAAACAGUUGCCGGAACUGAGUCCGGGGGAAGUGGCAACUGCUCAGCAAAAUGACCCGGGCAUUGGCACAGUGUGGAGAGCGGUCGAGAAGGGGGAUGGGGCGUUGGCUGAGAAGGCGAAACACCCAUACGUGCCUCUGUUGUUGAAGGAGUGGUCUCGGUUGAAGUUAAAGAACAAAAUCUUGUACCGGGUAACAACGCCUCCGGACCAACCCCGCUGUUGGCAACUGGUCCUGCCAGAGGAGUAUCACCAGACUGUACUCCAGGCCUUA